GCGUCAGUCGGUACAAGAUUCUUCCUGCUCUCAUCUUCAAAAAGGAAUUUGAUUUUAUCUUCUCCGGUAUCUGAAUGCAGUGUAAUUACCAUGAAAAUUAAGUUCCUAGAUUGGUACUUGAAGAUCGCGGUUGGCUCUGCUCUCGUCGGAGCCUCCAUGGAGUUGUUCAUGAUCAAGACGGGCUUCUAUGAUAAAGUAACUGUGCUGGAGUCAGAGAAGCGAGCAUGGGAGACCUCCCCGGAAGCUCAAGCAAUCAAAGAAGCUCUUAACCCUUGGAGAAAUCGUGAUGGGCAAGCCAAAAAAAGUUCUUAAUGCAACUAAUGAUGGGAAAACGUUUUUUCUUCCUUGAGGAAGAAGAUAAUUUUCUUCCAAAGAAGAUCAACAUGAGAAAUUGUGGAACUAAAGCGUCUUCCUAGUUAGUAAUUUGGCAUUCUUUUCCAAACAAGUGAGGUUCAAUAUUUAAUAUCAUGGGACUGUCUUAAUGGCUUUGUAUUUUGUUUAGUUUUAUUUUCCUCAUUUUUGGAGUAUGAGAGAAGUUUCAUAGAAUGUACUCAGAGGACCUUUUUGAUUGGUUAUUAUUCCUUUCAUUAAUAAAUAUUAGAGGAUAACAACUGAACUGAGAGAAGUCCAAUUAUAGAUGAGAAAUGAACACACUGGGACAACUCAACCUAUCUGUCCUCAAACAAAUGCACAGAGUUAUUGCCAAAAUGAGGAAGUAAAGGAGUAAACAUAAAAGCUAGUAUAUUUAAUAGCAAAAUACUAGCAAACCAGGCAUGUUAUAAGAAGCAGAAAUGAAGCCAGCUCACCUCUAUUUGGAUAUGGAUUGAUAUUAGACGGUAAUUCAAAUAUAGCUCUCAGAAGCUAGCACAUGUAUCUGCAUCCCUUCAGUGAAAGAAAAGAAAUAUUGGGGUUCUUAUUAUUGUACUUCCAGUGUAAACAUGGCAUUUUCUCUUCAGGUAUAGCAUACCGAAAAAACUCCUUUAUGACAAUUUUGGAUCAUGCGCAAUGAUGAAUGACUGAUUGCUUGAAACAUUAUAGUUGAUUCCGCUAGCAGAACUUUGUCGUGUAUUGUAGAUUAUAUUGAUUAAAUGGAUAUUGAAAUAUAGAAUAUCAGAAGACAGCUUGUUACUGAGCUUGCUACAGUCGGCUGCUGGGAUGGGUUCUGGUCACUUGAUGAUUUCGCUCCCUUGUUCUUCACUCAAGUGUAUUUUUCAAUUUCACUAGAAUGAUAAAUUUAGAGAGAAGUUGGAAGAUUUAUAUCAUUUGGUAUACAAAUGUCUGAGGUGUGAACAAAUUGUUCAUUAUUUCCAGUUAAAUAUCAGGUAUCUUUCCUUCUUCUUUUAUUAUUAUUAUUUUUUUUCUAAUUUUUUUUCAUUGGCCAAAUGGUUAGUGUUGCUUAGCAAUUAUAAGGGUUCAACCUGACCUCAAAUCAAGGUUUUAAAGUUAUUGGAUACCAAUAGGCUAAGGUCUUUUUUUUUUUAUUAGCCAUCAGACUAAGGUCUUGUUGGUUUAGGGAAAUUGUUAGUAUUGCUUGGCUAUAUUGGACCUUUUCUCUUAAUCCUAAAUCAAGGUGUUAAAAGCUAAUGGAUAUCAAUUAGGAUAAGCUCUUAUUGGUUGAGGCAAUCCUUUUUGAAGGCUUGUUUCUUUAAUCUUGGUUUUUCCUUCUGGUAAACAGUAUGAAGGUCAUUUCUAUUUCCACCUCGAUGCUCUUUUUUCUUCCUAAUUGCCAUUGGGUUCCUUUCAGGUUAGGUGGCUCUGAGUCUAACCAUGAACAUGGAGGAUCCCUUCAGCUGAAAUGCUGAUGAAGGAGGAGCUGUUAGCUGAGUCCUGGAGAAUCAUGUAAGCAUUCCUUGAGUACCAUGGUGGUUAAAAUGCUUGUAUAUUCCUUCUCUUUUUCCCUUGUUCGUUGGGAUGGGCUGUUGAAAUAUCAUUGUAAAAGCACUCUUAUUCAACUAGAAUUUAUUGCU